UGCGCAGUGAUGCGUUCCAUGAACCGUGGCGACCUGGUCACUGCGCCGGCUAAUGAUAAUUUUAAAGAAAUCUGUCAAUACUUUCCCUGUUAUCCCGUUACCUGUGCCCCGCUCUGAUCUAAUCAAGGAGCAGAGGACUGACAACACUUUAGAGUCACAUGACUGGUCACUGUAUAUUUUGUGUUCUGUGUUGUCCUGUAGCUUCUGUUUUCUGUUCUCGUUUUUUUCUUUGCUCUUGAAGGUUGCUGAGGUCUGGGGAGGACGAGGUUGGCUGGGGCAGUGGUAUAGUGCUAACCAGCACAGUAUGUUGUACUGACCUCUACCCUUUGUAUUGUAUGCAACUGUGCUCUGCUGUGAUGUCCAAAAACGUGAAACAUGAGAAUGACAUUCAUAUCCAUAGUUUUGCAUCUGUGUAGUACAGAUCAGGAACCCAUGAUUUUAAUGCUGUUACUGGGUGUAAAUCCAAUAUACUGUAGUUCAAUAGCUCACGGUGCCAUGUCAUAGCUGACACCCCAUUCUUUCCCAUGUUUAACAGAGUUUUUGGAAACGUGGCAUAAAAACCGUAGGGAGAUUUGACAGUAAUUCCACUACGAAAGUUUGCAUCUGCACAUUUGUUCCACUAAAUUCAUUUUGGUACAUUUUUCAGUGGAAAUAGGUCAAAUUAGUCCUUGUGCGUAGAGUUAUGACUUGUUAAACUUUGAAAUCAAUGGGGUUUGUUUGGCAUACAUUUGAACAUUUAAGAAAUGCAGUCAAAGCGUAAUUAUGUUACCGGGGAAUUGCUCAGCAGCUAAAGAUGCAUACAUUAUAUCAGGCAUAGUUAUUGCGCGUCUCUAGGCAACUUGAUUGGCAGCUCGCAGCAAAAAUAAACAAUUUGUUGCGUUUUUCUUAAUUAGUUGAAUGCACCGCUUAGUACAUAGAACCGUGGUUAUUUGUGAAUAACCUUAUUAGCUGUUGGGACAAAUGGAGCGCGGUAAAUGCGCAUCUUGAAAUGUUUUUCUGCAUCCGAAUGUGUCUCUAGACUGAACGUUGAGCUAUUACCGACCGACCCCAUCCCUGAAAGCUAAGACUCUCAGGAACAUGUACGCGUAAUCUGUGUACACCUGCAACCCUAACUAUGCAGGACUUUGUAGAUGGGAGAGUAAUACAUCUGCAUGGAAUAACUGAGGGAAUUUAGUUGAUUUUCCACAAACGAUCAUACAUCAAAUACGUUGUAGUUGUCACAUGCGCCGAAUACGUAGACCUUACAGUAAAAUACUUACUUGCAAGCGCUUAACCAACAACGCGAUCAUGGCCCUGUAUAGUACUGUGCAUUGCCGUGAAUUCGUUUUGACUUGGACUGUGAAGAGACCCCUGGUGGCAUGUCUUGUGGGGUAUGGAUGGGUGUGAGCUGUAAGUCAUUUGACAUACAGACAAUCUGGAAUUUCACAACUAGAAGAGAAGCAACCAUCAACCAGGCAAAUCUGGCAUGCAUGUGAUGUUAGCUCUGUAUGUGCAGUCAAGGGUUGAGGCAUUCUGCUCUGUUGAGCAAGCUGUAGCUUUGCUAGGUCUUAACUCUUGAUCAAGACUAAGUUCCAUUACACUUAGUUCCAUUACACUUAGUGCCGUCAGAAAGUAUUCAGACCCCUUGACUUUCCACAAUAGCCUUAUUCUAAAAUGUAUUAAACCCCCCCAUCCCAUAAUGACAAAGCAAAAACAGGUUCAGAAAUGUUUGCUAAUUUAUUGAAAUAUCACAUUUACAUAAGUAUUCAGACCAGUCACUCAGUACUUUGUUGAAGCACCUUUGGUAGCGAUUACAGCCUUGAGUAUGACGCUACAAGCUUGGCACACCUGUAUUUGUGGAGUUCCUCAAGUUCUGGCAGGUUGGAUGGGGAGCUUUGCUGCAUAGCGAUUUUCAGGUCUCUCCAGAGAUGUUUGAUCGGGUUCAAGUCCAGGCUCUUGCUGUGUCAGUCAAGGACAUUCAGAGACUUGUCGCAAAGCCACUCAUGUGUUGUCUUGGCUGUGUGCUUAGGGUCGUUGUCCUGUUUGAAGGCGUAUGUUUUCCCCAGUCAGGUCCUGAGCGCUCUGGAGCAGGUUUGUCAAGGAGCUCUGUACUUUGCUCCAUUCAUCAUUCACGCAAUCCUGACUUGUCUCCCAGUCCCUGCCACUGAACAACAUCCCCACAGCAUGAUGCUGCCAGCACCAUGCUUCACCGUAGGGAUGUUGCCAGGUUUCCUCCAGAUGUGACACUUCGCAUUCAGGCCAAAGAGUUUCAUCUUGGUUUCAUCAGACCAGAGAAUCUUGUUUCUCAUGAUCUGCGAGUCUUUAGCUGCCUUUUGGCAAACUCCAAGCAGGCUGUCAUGUGCCUUUUGAGGACAUUCAGAGGCUUGCCCCGAAGUCACUCCUGCGUUGUCUUGGCUGUGUGCAUCAGGUCAUUGUCCUGUUAAGGCGUAACCUUAAAUUAAGAAAAUAGUGGCUUCUGUCUGGCCACUCUACCACAAAGGCCUAAUUGGUAGAGUGCUGCAGAGAUGGUUGUACUCCUGGAAGGUUCUUCCAUCCACACAGAAGAAUCCUGAAGCUCCUGAAGAGUGACCAUUGGGUUCUUGGUCCCCUCCCUGACCCUUCUCCCCUGAUUGCGCAGUUUGGCUGGGCAGCCAGCUCUAGGAAGAUUCUUGGUGGUUCCAAACAGCUUCCAUUUAAGAAAAAUGGAAGCCACUGUGUUUUUGGGGACCUUCAAUGUUGCAGAAAUAUUUUUGUACCCUUCCCCAAAUCUGUGUCUACAGACAACUCCUUCGACCUCAUGGCUUGGUUUAUGCUCUGAGAUGCACUGUCAACUGUGGGACUUUUAUAUAGACAGGUGUUUACCUUUCCAAAUCAUGUCCAAUCAAUUGAAUUUACCACAGGUGGACUCUAAGUUGAAGAAACAUUUCAAGGGUGAUCAAUGGGAACAGGAUGCACCUGAGAUCAAUUUUGAGUCUCAUAGAAAAAGGUCUGAAUACUUAUGCAAAUAAGGUAUUCCUGUUUUUUAUUUCUAAAAAACAGUAUUCACUUUACCCAAAAGCGGUUAAACAGAAAUCUGCACAGCUCGGCAUCACUGUCAACAAAGCAGCAUGAUGAGUUGUUCAGAAACAUACAACAUCCUUUUCCAUAAAAUAUAUUCGAAUUUUAAAACCAGUUUUCAUUGAGAAGGCAGUUAGUGUUUUUAUCUAAAUCAAUAACUUUUGAAUGUGAAAACACAGAAUAUUAUUCUACGUGUUUAACCCCACGUCACAUUGGUUUUAGCCGACUUUGGCUCACGCCCGGGAGGCAGCCCGUUUCGAAAACUAAUGCAAUCAACGCUAACCAAUCAAAUGUAGAGCCGGGGCAUUAAUCGAAUCCCCUCCUUGAUGAUUGACAAUAUCCAUAACCAAUCCUUGCGUUCACGAGCUGACAGAUGUCCCAAUAGCUGAAUAGCAUGACGGUGAGGGGCGGAUCAUAUAAUUCAACGAGAGGAAGGGAUGGGAUUUGUCUUUGUGUUGACAUAUUGCUUGCGGCGAUCUAGAGUGUUUGAAUGGAUAAUACCAGGUCCACGGAGAAAUGGGUAAAGCAAGACAAGGAGAGGCCUCUAUCUUCCUCCAUAAUGCUGUCGAGUAAGAAGUCAGAUGCAGGUUCAUCUUCCUCUGCCGCUUCCACCUCCUUGGUGCCAGGGGGAGCUGAGCGGUCCCUUGAGGCCCAGGCUCCUGCCCAGAUGGGGGCCCCUCCCUUGGCCCCAGGCGCCGUGGAGAUCAAAAAGAAGGAGCGGGCCUCUCCGAGUGGGGAACCUGGUGGGCCCCCGCAGCCCCACCUCCCUGGCCCCGGGGGGGUGGACCUGGACACGGCCGAGGGUCGCAGGACAAGCCGCCGCAAGCGAUCAAAAGUGGAGUACCGCGAGAUGGACGAGAGCCUGGCCAAUCUGUCUGAGGACGAAUACUACUCUGAGGAGGAGCGCAAUGCCAAGGCGGAGAAGGAGCGCAAGCAGGUGAUCCCGCCACCGGCGCCGCCCAUGGAGGAGGAGGUGGACAGCGAGCCUGAGGAGCCCUCUGGUGUGGAGGGAGCUGCGUUCCAGAGCCGCCUGCCCCAUGAUCGCAUGACCUCCCAGGAGGCCGCCUGCUUCCCGGACAUCAUCAGCGGGCCCCAGCAGACGCAGAAAGUGUUCCUGUACAUCCGCAACCGCACACUCCAACUUUGGCUUGAUAACCCAAAAAUCCAGCUAACCUUUGAAGCCACAACACAACAACUUGAAGCGCCAUACAACAGUGAUACAGUGCUGGUGCACAGGAUACACAGUUACCUGGAGAGACACGGCCUCAUCAACUUUGGCAUCUACAAGAGAGUCAAGCCUUUACCAACAAAGAAGACAGGCAAGGUGAUCAUCAUCGGAGGGGGUGUGUCUGGGCUGGCGGCUGCGCGGCAGUUGCAGAGUUUCGGCAUGGAUGUGACAGUACUGGAGGCCAGGGACCGUGUUGGGGGAGUGGCCACGUUCCGGAAGGGCAACUAUGUGGCUGAUCUGGGGGCCAUGGUGGUGACAGGACUGGGAGGGAAUCCCAUGGCGGUGGUCAGCAAGCAGGUUAACAUGGAGCUAGCCAAGAUCAAACAGAAGUGUCCUCUGUACGAAGCCAACGGUCAAGCUGGUGAACGAUGCACAAGCGUGCCCAAGGAGAAGGACGAAAUGGUGGAGCAGGAGUUCAACCGUCUGCUGGAGGCCACCUCCUACCUCAGCCACCAGCUGGACUUCAACUUCCUCAACAACAAGCCUGUGUCCUUGGGACAGGCCCUGGAGGUGGUCAUUCAGUUGCAGGAGAAACAUGUGAAAGAUGAGCAGAUAGAGCACUGGAAGAAGAUAGUCAAGACCCAAGAGGAUCUCAAGGAGCUGUUGAACAAGAUGGUGGGUACCAAGGAGAGGGUCAAGGAGCUUCAUCAGCAGCACAAGGAGGCCAGUGCGGUCAAGCCCCCCAGAGAUAUCACUGCCGAGUUCCUGGUCAAGAGCAAGCACCGCGACCUCGCUGCACUCUGCAAGGAGUAUGAUGAGCUGGUGGAGUCGCAGGUCAAACUGGAGGAGAAGCUUCAGGAACUGGAGGCCAACCCACCCAGUGACGUGUACUUAUCGUCCCGGGACAGGCAGAUCCUUGACUGGCACUUUGCCAACUUGGAAUUUGCCAAUGCCACGUCCCUCUCUACUCUCUCACUCAAGCACUGGGACCAGGACGACGACUUUGAGUUCACAGGCAGCCACCUGACAGUGAGGAAUGGCUACUCCUGUGUCCCCGUGGCUCUGGCCGAGGGCCUGGACAUCAAACUGAACACGGCGGUGCGUCAGGUCCGAUACACCGCCUCUGGCUGUGAGGUGAUUGCGGUGAACACGCGCUCCACCACUCAGACAUUCAUUUACAAGUGCGACGCGGUUCUGUGCACCCUACCCCUGGGUGUCAUGAAGCAACAGCCCCCUGCCGUACAGUUUGUUCCCCCCCUGCCCGAGUGGAAGACCUCUGCUAUCCAGAGGAUGGGCUUUGGCAACCUCAACAAGGUGGUGCUGUGCUUUGACCGUGUCUUCUGGGACCCUAGUGUGAACCUGUUUGGCCAUGUGGGCAGCACGACAGCCAGCAGGGGAGAACUCUUCCUCUUCUGGAACCUCUACAAAGCCCCCAUACUGCUGGCACUGAUGGCAGGAGAGGCGGCUGGCAUCAUGGAGAACAUCAGUGAUGAUGUCAUCGUCGGACGCUGCCUCGCCAUCCUCAAAGGCAUCUUUGGAAGCAGUGCAGUACCGCAGCCCAAGGAAACUGUGGUGACGCGUUGGCGUGCCGACCCCUGGGCGCGGGGCUCCUACUCGUACGUGGCGGCCGGUUCCUCUGGUAACGACUAUGACCUCAUGGCCCAGCCCAUCACCCCUGGCCCCGCCAUACCCGGAGCGUCACAGCCUGUCCCUCGUCUGUUCUUCGCUGGGGAGCACACUAUCCGGAAUUACCCGGCCACGGUUCAUGGUGCCCUGCUCAGCGGCCUGCGAGAGGCGGGACGCAUCGCAGACCAGUUCCUGGGUGCCAUGUACACACUCCCCCGACAGGCCACGCCCACCACCGCCCUUCAGCCCUCCCCCAGCGUCUAGACCCCUUUCCCUUUACAAUGUCCUUCCAUGUUCAAGUGAUGUCAGUGACUCCUGUUAACAAAGACUAUUUAGAUGUAAAGAAUGUGCCUGUAUUUUUGUUUUAACCCCACCAAUGCUAAUAUAUGGACAGAACAGUGAAACCCCAAUGUACAUUCCCAAAGGACGAGCCAGCACCAGCACAUUACUUAGCCUGUUCUUGUCCCCUUAAUAUGACCACAUCCACCACCACCUCAAAGUCAACGCUGUGAGUCCUCAUAGCUGAUUCAGCUAGGUGGAACCUUCAAUGGAAGUCUGAUGGUUCAGUCUCCCUUCUGGCUCUGCUAGCUAACCUCCGUGCUGCUAGAAGGUGAUCAGUCAUGGAUGAGGGUAGGAAUUGGCCUAUUUGGAUGGACCAGGGUCUACUAUGAGCAGGGUAGCCAGUUCCUACCCCAGUAGGAUGACACUGGUGUCAUAGUUGACCUUGUUCCAGUGAUAAAGAUGGAUGGGCUGAAGAGGAGGAACAACAGAGGGCAGCCGAUCAAACGCUGCUCCCUACCUACUGUACUUGUAAAGGGCAGGUGCACACCUGCCCUAUCUAGCAACACAAUUGCACUCACUCCCAUUGAAACGCUAGUUGCUGCAAUGUUGUAGCCUACAAGUGCAUUGUAUUGAUUUUAAGGCUACUGUCGUUAAUGUUAGUUGUAUGCCUCCUGCUGAAGAGGAUCUGUACCAUGUAGGGUUGGAGUAAAGACAAGUUUGUAUUGAAAUGCAAAAAGAUACAUACUAUGAUUGUUGAGCGAGAAAUUCCAGUUGUGAAUGUUUCUUAUUUUAACAGCUAGUUUUGAUAUUUUGUUGUCAUUACAUACAUACUUAAAAAAACUUGUCGUUUGGGUAUAAAAAUAAAUACAUCUUGCCAUCUU